AUGAAGCUCACCACCGUAAUCCAACUCUCCUUUCUGGGCUUUUUCAAUCUUGCCAGUGCCGAAAGUUGGGACCGCUGCUUCUGCCACGUCCGUGGAGUGCAAAACUCAUGUGCGACGACAAAGGCCUGCGCCGCCUUUAGCAACCGUGCAUUUGAUGGCAAAGAUUGCGUCGCCGAGCCAUACAAUCAGAAGAUCCGAGGCCCGGAGUUUCACAACACUUGCCUCCAGUUUCUGGGUGGCGCGGACAGCUGCUGUACGCGUGUGGAGAGGGUGGGGGGUCCAAUCUUUCGUUCAGACGGCUGUAAGGGUACCUAG